GAGUGAGCUGGUCAGCACUGUCGUCGGAUGUUUCUCGGCAGCACCGAACAGACGAUGUUUUUUUUUUUUUUUUUUAACUGAUUCCUUCUCCUCCGACAUAUAUAAUAUUUCCGCAAUUCUUUCUUUUUAUACAUAAAAAAAUCGUUUCUUGAUAAAGAAAUCUUGGAACUAAAGCCCCCCUCCCGUUAAGAAGCACUAUCUUCUUCUUCUUCUUCCCCCUUUCGUCAAUUUCCCCCUCUGUAUCUUUCUCCCGCUGAAGCUUUGAUCUCCGAAUCUUUCAACCCUUUUGGUCAGCUCCAAGAAUUCACUCCAGAUUUGAUUGGGGCAGAGUAAGACUGCUCGUGUUAAGAGUUGCAUCCCUUCUGUUCCCUCCUCCAGCUCUGUUUCGUGUUUGCAUUUUCUGAUCUGAUGUCGGGCUUGGUUUGAAUGGUUGAACUUUGAGGGUUCUUCUCUGAUCUGGGUAUCUUGCAAAUUCUUUGUAUUAGUGUGCGUAGUUGAAGAACGUUGUUAUUGGAUGAGGAAAAAGCUCUGAGGGGUCAUUGGUCAUUGCCUUUAUGGGCAACACAUGCCGGGGGACAUUCAAAGAGAAGAACUACCAGGGCUCCAAUCAGCCCCAAGAACCUUCGGCCAACUCGAAGCGGAACACUCCCUCUGACCGCUCCAUUUCCGAUUACUCUCCGACUACCUUGAACUCCCAGAACCUCAUUGCCCAGGAAUUCGCCAAAGAAAACCUGAAAAAGGAAAGCACCGCCACCACCAACAAUAACAGUAACAGUAAUAACAACAGUUUGCCAGUUUCGAGUAAUAAGAAGGACAGCAUCAUGAGGAGGGGCAUCGAUAACCAAUCGUACUAUGUUUUAGGCCACAAGACCCCUAACAUUCGGGACCUUUACCUCUUGGGCCGUAAAUUGGGGCAAGGUCAGUUUGGAACAACUUAUCUCUGCACAGAGAUUGCCACAGGGAUUGAUUAUGCUUGCAAGUCGAUCUCAAAGAGGAAGCUGAUAUCGAAGGAGGACGUGGAGGAUGUUCGGAGGGAGAUUCAGAUAAUGCACCACUUGGCAGGUCAUAAGAAUAUCGUCACUAUUAAAGGUGCUUACGAGGAUUCUUUGUAUGUUCAUAUCGUGAUGGAACUUUGCUCGGGCGGGGAGUUGUUCGACAGGAUUAUUCAUAGGGGGCACUAUAGUGAGAGAAAGGCUGCAGAGUUGACUAAGAUUAUUGUCGGGGUUGUUGAAGCUUGUCAUUCUCUUGGAGUUAUGCAUAGAGAUUUAAAGCCCGAGAACUUUUUGCUGGUCAACAGGGAUGAUGAUUUCUCUCUUAAAGCCAUCGAUUUUGGGCUGUCUGUCUUCUUCAAACCGGGCCAGAUUUUCACAGAUGUAGUUGGGAGCCCAUACUAUGUGGCUCCUGAGGUGCUUAAGAAGCAGUAUGGACCAGAAGCAGAUGUUUGGACUGCAGGAGUCAUAUUGUAUAUAUUGCUGAGUGGUGUUCCACCAUUCUGGGCAGAGACGCAGCAGGGAAUUUUUGAUGCAGUGUUGAAGGGGCAUAUUGACUUUGAAUCAGAUCCGUGGCCUGUUAUAUCAGAGAGUGCGAAAGACCUUAUUAGGAAGAUGCUUUGCUCUUGUCCUUCAGAUCGCUUGACUGCCCAUCAAGUAUUAUGUCAUCCAUGGAUUUGUGAGAAUGGAGUCGCACCUGACAGAGCACUAGAUGCAGCAGUGAUGUCACGGCUCAAACAGUUCUCUGCUAUGAAUAAGUUGAAGAAAAUGGCUCUAAGGGUUAUAGCUGAGAGCCUCUCUGAGGAGGAGAUUGCUGGUCUAAGAGAGAUGUUCAAGGCAAUGGAUACUGAUAACAGUGGCGCGAUAACUUUUGAUGAGCUAAAAGCUGGUCUUCGAAGAUAUGGCUCCACAAUGAAAGACACGGAGAUUCGUGAUCUCAUGGAUGCGGCUGAUGUGGACAACAGUGGGACCAUAGACUAUGGGGAAUUUAUUGCCGCGACCAUACACCUAAAUAAGCUCGAGCGAGAGGAACAUCUUGUGGCGGCAUUUCGCUACUUUGACAAGGAUGGAAGUGGUUAUAUCACGGUUGAUGAGCUUCAACAAGCUUGUGCGGAACACAACAUGACUGAUGUUUUCCUUGAAGACAUAAUCAAAGAAGUUGACCAGGACAAUGAUGGAAGAAUUGAUUAUGGUGAAUUUGUAGCAAUGAUGACAAAGGGGAACAUGGGUGUCGGGAGACGGACCAUGAGGAACAGUCUCAACAUCAGCAUGAGGGAUGCUCCUGGUGCUCUGUAGCUUCCAAAUUUGUAAAA